CGAUGCGCAUACCUAUCGCAUUGGCCAGAUUCGUCGAAAGAAGCAACGUUUAGGUAUCGCUCGCGAACCAGUCUAUCUAUAACAAACAUUGAAACAACUAUUAAAAGAAUUCAAUUGGCAACGAGACAAACAACUAGUAUUUUCUUUGUUUCCGAUAAGAUAUAGGUACAAUAUACGUGUAUAUAUUACGUUUUAACGCGAAUGAAAUCAGAGUCUAGCUGUCCCAUCGCGCAGCAAUGAGACGAUCGGCCAAUACAGUCGACCUUUUAUACGCGUCGCGUCGAAGGCGAGCUUUCGCGCUCGCCUUGAUCUGCUUGCUUCCGAAAUUGAAUUGGCUAAUUGACAAGUUUAAUCGAGAACAGAUUGUCUGUUUGCUCCACACUCGGAGAGUCAGAGACAGAGUCGGAUUCGAGUCGAGUCGUAGCGGCGUCAUUGGCGUCGCGCACCCUUAUUCGUUCGGCUCGACAGGGGGUAAGAAACGCGGGGGAAACUACAUCGAUUCGAGAAAAGUCAUCGUCUUCUUGUUGUUUCGAAUCGAUCGUUGCAAGCUGCAAGUCAUUAAACGUAGAUUCGUCUUUAAAAUCAUGGAUUACCGAUUACGGAUUCGUUUGUUUGUUUGUUUGUUGACACGAUUAAAUGAAUAGGACACGACGGCCAAAGGACACGGGGCAAAAGGAGGAUGAAAUUUCGUUUCGAUAUACGGAUGGUUGGCUAGCCGAAUGUCUCUUUGUAAAAUUAGAAAGUUGAAGGUAUUUGGAAAAGUUGCAAAAUUUAGAAUAUUCCAGUCUGAUACGACCAAUGAUAAGAUUGUGAAAGUUGUUGCGUCAAGGUUUCUUCUCUCGUAAAAGAAAAGAAAAGAAGAAGAAGAAGAAGAAGAAGGAGAAGAAGAAGAAGAAGAAGAAGAGAAAGAUAAUAAGUGAAAAAUAUCCCCAAGGAGCGGAGAAACGAAUGUACCGUGUAGCAAAGUGUUGCGGGGGUGCGGUUGCGACGCAUCGCGUAGCCAGGAAGCUCAUUAGGUAUGGACGAGCGUGGAUCUCGAUUGAAAUGAAGACGAAUCGGUUGGUGGGCCGACGAGAUUGCUCCGGUGCGACGCGCAGCAUGGCAUUUCAUGGCUAAGCGCGACGGGGCGGAUGUUUGCGUGUCGGUGACUCGAAUCGAAUUGAAUCGAAUCACAUCGAAUCGAUUCGAAUCGAUUCGAAUCGAAUCGAUUCGAUUCGAAUCGAAAGGGAGAAAAAUAGUCUCGACGGAGGGAAAGAACGAGGAAGCCAAUAAACGUAGGCAACCCGGGAGGGUAGCUCGCGAUCGUAUAAAAGCCACGGAUCGCGAGCGUAUCGACACCAUUCGCCGGUUACAAGUCUCGGGAUACCGUUCACUCGAAGAAGCGAUGAUCGGUUCGAGCGUGUUUCCACCCUCUCGCAUCGUCGCUGUCGGCGCUCUGCUUUGCUUGGUUUACUCGGUGUCUUGCACUUCCGGCGAAUACGAGGGGAGAGAAUCGUCGAGCGGCGUGUCCAACGACAGAACGCCGAGCAACGAGUUUGGCUCGUGCACCGAAGGGAAAUGCAUAAAACGCAACCCUCAGGACAUCAGCAGCGGCAUGUGGUUCGGACCGCGACUGGGAAGACGACGAAGGUCCGAUAGGAAGUCGGAAGUCGAUCCGGACAUGGAAACUCUGGCCAGCAUCCUCGAUGGCCACCGGUGGCCCGUAAUCGCGAUUACAGGCGGAGGGAAGCGACAAUCGACUCAAUUCACUCCUCGAUUGGGACGUGACUCGGCGGAGGAAUUAUUCUCGUACCGAUUUCCAAAGGAUCAAGAGACCUUGUACGCGGAGGAGCAAAUCUUUCCAGCUCUUUUCGCGCCUCGUUUAGGACGUCGGCUACCGUGGAUACCCUCUCUGAGACUUGGACGUCAGUUGCACGACAUGUUUGAAAAAUCGAGACGAUACGCCGACGAAUCGCGCUUUUGAAAUCUCCUUUGACGCGUUCAACGAACAAAGACAACCCACGACAUUGAGCGUAAUUAAGAUGCGAUCGAAUAAAGAACUUGUAUUUAUUUGUAUUAUAAAAUAACAAUACUCGACGUUCUUUUCUUCCAAAUCCAUAUUUAGUUUAGUUUGUAGGCAGCGCGAGAUAAACUUGGUCGGAUCGUUGAAAAAAUGUGUCCGAGAUUAGGUAGCACCACGGCCAGCCGCGUUAUUCUCGUCUAUUCCGAUGGUAAACGAUUUACUCGAGCAAAGAGAGAGGGGAAAGGGAAGUUAACUUGUAGUAUCUACUGGCAGCGUUUUCAAGCUUUACGAUUACGAGCAAAGCCUAUGUUACCACAUGGCCCGCCGCUCUGUAGUUUCGCUCGAGGAAUUACACGAGUAAGUAAAUAAG